AUGCCACCCCGCACAUCAACCAAAACAUUAACAGGGAAACUUGAAAGACCCAACCAUGGGUUUGAGAGAAGAUGUGUAACACAAGGUGGGCAUAUAGGGGUAAAUUGGAUACUUACACAGCCUGAUGAACCUCCCUCGUCCAAUCAAAUUUCUUUUAGCUUCCCUGAGUUUGAAAGCACAAAUGGAACUAUAAAGUCUUAUGCUGUGAUAGUAACAACUGGAGAAAAUGUUGCAGGCCAGGUUCCAAGUCGUGGAAUUCUGAACAAGACAUACGAUGAUUUCAAGAAUAAUAAAACAAAUACAUAUGUCUCAAACAUCAAAGAAAUGGCGAGCCGGACUUUGAGAUCUCUUACGGCAAAUUCUGUAACUGUUAAAAUUGGUGCUGGAGAUAAACAAUAUGGCUAUUACAAUGGACCCUUGGAACCAUCUACAUCCUACUGGAUUAGUGUUGCUGGAUUCACCGACAUUGAGUUUGAUAAUGCCACAGGAACCAUUCUGGAGGAUCGCUCUGUAGCAACGUUUUCUCCUUUCUCAAACGAGAUUAAAACAUCUGUGAAUUCAACUCAGAACACAUCUCAAAACUCAGAACCGAAGACAGUGAAACUCCUCAGAGACAAUGCCAAGACAUCAUCUUCUGUUUCCCUGAUUUGGGAUCAACCUGACGAGUACCAGGCUGAAUUUAGAUACAGAAUACAAACAGCAAAUGCAUCGUCUGCAAUGAUAAAUGAAAUUAUUGUGACAAAUCAAACUGUUAAUGUAACUAAUCUGACACCUGGGGAGACAUAUACAUUCACUGUAUUUACAAGAGCGGCUGAUAAUGUCACUGAAAGUUAUUCUGUCUCAUAUACAACCUGCACAGGGGUAAACUGGAUACUUACACAGCCUGAUGAACCUCCCUCGUCCAAUCAAAUUUCUUUUAGCUUCCCUGAGUUUGAAAGCACAAAUGAACCUAUAAAGUCUUAUGCUGUGAUAGUAACAACUGGAGAAAAUGUUGCAGGCCAGGUUCCAAGUCGUGGAAUUCUGAACAAGACAUACGAUGAUUUCAAGAAUAAUAAAACAAAUACAUAUGUCUCAAACAUCAAAGAAAUGGCGAGCCGGACUUUGAGAUCUCUUACGGCAAAUUCUGUAACUGUUAAAAUUGGUGCUGGAGAUAAACAAUAUGGCUAUUACAAUGGACCCUUGGAACCAUCUACAUCCUACUGGUAUUGA